UAUUCCAUCAAGAGGAGGGAGUAAUACAAUGUUAAGAGUUUAUUGGACUAGGGGUUUUUAACAAGGCUCAGGUUCAGAAUUUACCCCCAUUGACAAACACAAUUCGACAAGGAGCUGCCGGAAAAAUACAGAGCAUCCCACUGCAUUUUCCCAACAGUACAAUCGAGGUGAAAAAAAAAGUGAUUUUUCUGAAAACCCACAAAAUAAAAUACUCUGUAAAAACAAACAGAAAACCCUCAAAAGCGUAUAAACUAAGCCAAUUAUAAUUCUUCGACAAUCCAACCCAAAUUUAUGCAUACUGAUUUAGAUAAUCUUCAACUCGAGGACGCUCAGCAAGCUUGCACUGACGUUCCAAUGGCGGAAUCUACUGUCAACAGCCGCACCAGAGACCUUGACCGCCUUCUGCUGCGCGCCGGCCGUCUCGUCGAUCCUAACUUUCAAUCCUGUAUUGAGUUGAAGGAUUUUAUUCAGGAUAAGGCUAGAGUUUUGGUGGUUGGUGCUGGUGGAUUAGGAUGUGAAUUGUUGAAGGACUUGGCUUUAUCGGGGUUUAAGAACAUUGAUGUUAUUGAUAUGGACCGUAUUGAAGUUACCAAUCUCAAUCGUCAAUUUCUAUUCAGGCUUGAAGAUGUGGGGAAGCCGAAGGCUGAGGUUGCUGCAAAACGUGUAAUGGAAAGAGUUAGUGGUGUCAAAAUUAUUCCGCACUUUUGUCGGAUAGAGGAUAAGAAUAUUGAUUUCUACAAUGAUUUCAUAAUAAUUGUUCUUGGGCUAGACUCUGUUGAAGCAAGGAGCUAUAUAAAUUCAGUAGCUUGCAGUUUUCUAGAGUAUGAUGAGAAUGAAAAUCCAAUAGAUGCGACUGUUAAGCCUAUGGUGGAUGGUGGAACUGAAGGUUUUAAGGGUCAUGCUAGAGUAAUCAUACCAGGAAUGACACCUUGUUUUGAAUGUACCAUCUGGCUUUUCCCUCCGCAAGUCAAGUUUCCGUUGUGCACUCUUGCAGAGACGCCUAGAACUGCUGCUCAUUGUAUAGAAUAUGCCCAUUUAAUUAAAUGGGAUGAGAUUCAUAGUGGCAAAACUUUUGAUCCUGAUGAUCCUGAAGAUAUGCAAUGGGUCUAUAAAGAGGCUCUCAAGCGUGCUGAGCUUUUUGGCAUUCCUGGAGUCACAUAUUCUCUGACACAGGGAGUUGUAAAAAAUAUUAUACCAGCUAUUGCUUCGACUAAUGCUAUUAUAUCAGCUGCUUGCGCACUAGAAACACUGAAGAUUGUAUCUGGAUGCAGUAAAACCAUGGACAAUUAUUUGACGUUCAAUGGAGUUGAAGGUCUACACACUCAAGUGACACACUUUGAUAAGAACAUCGAUUGUAUUGUUUGUGGUCCUGGAGUUCAUAUGGAGUUGGAUACUUCUUGCACUCUGCAGAAGUUCCUUGAACUACUUGAGAAGCAUCCGAAGCUGCAUUUGUCAAAAGUCAGUGUAAUUUUCGAAGGGCAAAAUCUGUACAUGCAGGGACCACUCGAACAGGAGACGCGAUCAAAUCUAUCAAAAACAUUAUUUGACUUGAUGGGAAGAGUUCCCAGUGGCACUGUUCAUGUGAAUGGCACAUCUAGCAAGAACGACAAGAAAACAUCUGGGUUAAGAAAAUUACGUGUUUUCUUCAAGGGAGCCGAUGGGAUGACAGAUAUGGAUACCGCUGGUGGUGCAUAGUUACAUUGAUUUUAUAUGGUAGAUAAUAUGUGAACUAUAUCUUGUUACCAUCCUCUUCCUGCGCCAAAUUCAAUUUUUGUCCAUUGAUCGAUGUAAUCAGGACCUUUGGAGCCCUGACCAUCAUUUUUUUGGCUGGGUAGAGCUUAUGCUUGGGGGUGGUACUUAACUACUAUUCUGCCAUUUUACUUUUAGAAGGGGUAGAUUUCAUAGCUGCUUAAUCUGUAUGCCGUUCACGGAAAGAGCCUUAGGUAGGUUGGUUCUUCCGUUAUGUUGCUGGCAACAGGCUUUUGGCUGCUUGUUGCAUUUCCUUCUAAAGUAGUGGGACUAGUGAACAUCUGAUCAACAAACUCAUCUACUAGAUUGAUAUCUGUACAUCAUUUUGGUACUUGUUUGGGGUGUUUUUAAUAAUUUUAGCAGUUGUUUCUCUUUGUUGCACUGC